AUGGCCUGGAAUCUCUUCCUUGCCUUCUCGCUCUUCCUCCAAAGAGCUCUGGGUAAUGGGUAUAUAACCCGUGUUGCUUGGUAUAAUGGAAGGCGGUGCAUCCUGGAGAACUACGUGAGCCCAACGGAUGGGAAGAUGGAAUACAAAUGCGAGACCUCUCAAGUGGCUGUGGAUACCAUGCACGAGUGGAUCGAGACCGAUGCCUGUGGAGUGGAUAGGAAGUCUGUUGGCAUAUCUUCAGAGGCUCUCCUUCAGCCUCGCUUCACUACCAAGCUCUGCUCACCGGUGACCAUUAGUCGGAUCUCUGAGGUGCAACGGAGCAACCUGAAGCGGGUCAUGAGAGAGGUCCGAAGUUCCGGAGCAGCAUCCGGUCCCAUGGGCACUGCGCCUAUGGGGAGUCUUUCUGGCGAAUACUAUGAGAUUGGAUAUGACCCUGCUGAAGCUCCCAUGUAUUACUAG